AUGAAGGCACAGUGCGCGUCUCACUGGCUCCUGGGCAUGGUGUUCGUUCUCUGCUCAGUUCAUAUCAACAGUCUUAGGAGAUGUCUGGUUUCUGUGGACAUGCGCCUCUUGGAAAAGAGUUUCCAGGAGAUCAGGAGAACCCUGCAAACUAAGGACACCUUCAAAAAUGUCACCAUCCUGUCCACCCUGGAGAACCUGAGGAGCAUUAAGCCUGUAGAUGUGUGCUGCGUGACCAACAACCUGCUGACAUUCUACAGAGACAGGGUGUUCAAGGACCAUCAGGAGACCAGCCUUGAGGUCGUGAGGAGAAUCAGCAGAAUCGCCAACUCUUUCCUCCACAUGCAGAAAACUCUGGAGCAAUGUCAGGUGCACAGACAAUGUCACUGCAGUCAGGAAGCCACCAAUGCAACCAGAAUAAUCCAUGACAACUACAACCAGCUGGAGGUCUCAUCUGCCGCCCUUAAGUCUCUAGGAGAGCUGAACAUAUUUUUAGCCUGGAUUGACAGGAAUCAUCAGGAAACGUCUGCAACUUGA